AUUGAUCAGAACCAAGAUGCCGGGUCGUCUAAAAGGAACAACAACACAAGCCAUAAGAGGGAAAUAUUGGCUGGGCCCCCGCCCUCGCCACUUACACAGUGUCACCUUGCAGGAAGAGUUCGGGUCGCUCCGUCAAUAUGUUGGCAUGCAUCCACUUCAGCAAAUUGGCAAUGGUCCCUUAAAUAAAGAAGCAAAAUUGAGGACAGACUUUCCCAGACGCAGCAUGCUCACAUUUUUGAUGGCCGUCCAGGGAGAGCUGACGGCGCUUGAUGUUGCCAAAUAGAAGUUCCGCUCCAGCGCUGAGGGAAAAUAUAAGUUUGCAUAAAGUUGCACUGACCACCGCAGCAUAAAUAUUACCUGAAUUCUAAUAUUAUUUUCAAAUCGUCCAUUUGUUUACAAAAUUUCCAGAAAAUUGGAUUGCUUUUACUACAUGACAACUACACAGGGCUGCAAUGCAAAGGAGGCACUGUGACAUUUCUACAUGAUAUUUACAUCGAUGUAUCAGUUAACCGAUAGAUAUCGUAUGAAGAUGCAGAAAAACAGUGCUGCAUUGCGACCAGUGUUAACCGAGCCGCCAUUUCAAUAACGGUGCCGCCAAAUAAUCACACGCUAGUGCAAAAAGAAAAAAAAGAUAAAAGCGCAGGGCGUCUAUUUGUGUUUCGCAAUGAGUUCUGACUACGAUUUCACUUUUGGCGAGGGCAUCGAAUUUGUUCUGCAGGACAUUUCAAUUAAGCCUGCUCAGCGCCAGAGCUUUAAUAAAGACGCCGAGAUCAUUGAGAAUGCAUUGAUAAGCGCCAUUUCAAGCCAUGAUCGCACAUUCGCGCGGGCUUUCAGAGGCCUCAAGCUGACGGGCAGCAAUCUGGAUGGAUUAAAGAUUGAUUUGCCGGACGAAUUUGACAUGUUGACGACCAUUGGGCUGAACUGCAAAGUACAUCCAGUCCCCCUGGCUGACUACCCAGGCUACGUGUAUCUGCGCGUCAGUGGCAAAAAGGUGCCCACCCACCUGGUCGAUAAUCGUUAUAACUACAUAAGUCGCGAAAAGCUGCAGGCCUGGUUCCGCCAGAACAUAGCCGCGGUAAUGGAAGAGCUGCAACACAUUCCGUGCGCGGGUCGCCGCACGUAUGCACUGAAGUACAUGGCGCAUGGCUACGGCGUGGCUCACACCAUAAUGGCCACCUGUCGCGGCAACCGCAAGCGCAAAAUCUACUUUGACUUUGUGCCAGCGUUUGAGUUUCAGGCCCACGAAUGGCCACAGGGAUUGCAUCAGCAUCAGCAUGAGAAUCGCACCUGGUUCGCCAUUCCCCGUACCAUCCGUGGCAAGAAUGCUCCGAAAGAUCCACUGACCUUCAUGGUCUGCGCUCCGCACUGGGAGCGCAUGGUGUUGGGAAAAAAGCAGAACCUAAAGGACACCAUGCGCCUGAUGAAGGCCAUACGCAAUGCCAACCAUAUGCCUUCACUGAUCAGCUACAUGAUCAAGAGUGUCUUUCUGAACUGCGCCGAGUGGAAGUACACCACAUGGAACCAAUCUCCCGGAGAACAACUUGUCCGUAUGUGCGUUCGUAUGAUUUGGGCCCUUGUUGAAAGGCGUUUACCAUUUUACUUGGUGCCGGAACUGAAUCUAUUCGAAACGCUGUCCGAUAACCAGAUGUCAGACUACUUACGACAGUUUAACCGCAUCACUCGCACUCUCAUCAAGUGCCUCGAUCGCGAUCGCAUUACUCCAGACCAAAUGGAGUUCUUGUUCGGUAUAACUUACGACUGAGGGGCUGCUGCCAGGGACUUUCCUUCCAAUCAUUUAUAUUUUUUUUAUUACUUUUUCUUGAUAAUCUCGCACGAUAUACAUAUGAAAAUGUAUGUACCUGCUAUGCACUGAAGCAAUUUCUAUUCGUUUUUAUCUCACAUCUGUAAUAUCCUUAUGAAGGGACUUAAUUUGUAUUAAACUUUUUGUAUUUUUCA